AUGAGUAAAGAAGAAUCAGAAUUAAAUGAGAUAUGGAAAGCAUUUCAAGAUGAGAUAAAGGAUCAACCAAUAGAUAACAAACAUACUAAAACAACGAAUGUAAAUGAUAAUAUAAAAACUGAAGAAUUUCCUACAAGACUAAGUAUAAUAACUGCCAUGGAUGAAUUAAUUGAAUGUUAUGCAAUUGGAGGACAAGUUAGAAAUUAUUAUAGAUAUGGAGCAUAUGAUGAUUGUAAAAGACAAAGAGAAAAAUUUUGGUUUUCCCUAAAAUAUGGAACAUUACAAGAUAAAGAAAAUCCAUUAAAUACUUCUAAAAUACAAGAAUUUUAUAAAGAAAGAUUUUUGCAAGAUAGAUCAAGAGGAGGUAGUUCUGAAGAUAUAUGGGAUUUACGUAGAGAAUUAUUAGAUGAUCCAUUUAAUAAACAUUAA